CCUCACACAAUACGCUUCCCCUCUGAGCACCCGCUUUAAGGAAAAGGGGGGGAGAUACAGUUUCUACAACAAUGGAAAUUCAAUCAGGAAAUGGAGAAGAGGCGGUGAGCGCUGUGUCGGCGACCUCAGGCUCUGUUUCCUGCCGUCCCUCUGGCCCGCAGGUAGAGGCAUCAGACGAUCCUGUGUUCAGAGAGGACCUGCAGGCGACUAAGAGGAUUGAGAGGUUUGACAUCCCACUGGAUAGCCUGAAGAGGAUGUUUGAGAACCCGGCAGGGGCAAACACAGAAGUGAGAUCCGUCCACACAACCCCGUCCAAGCAAGCACCGUCCAGUCUCACCAGGUCUGAGCCCUCGCCAGGACAGAACAUGGCCUCAUCUCAGGACCCCGGUCACUCUGCAGGCAGCAGAUCCAGGUCAGAACGUCCCGAGGAAGGAGCGAGCCAGGGGAACGGGGCCCACAGUGCUGAGGACAAGGAGCUCGAACCGGUGUCGGUGAAAGAGCGGCUGGCCAUGUAUCAGGCUGCCGUGUCCAAGAAAGACGCCAGCGGUUCCUCCUCCGCGAUGAUGGAUGAGUCAGAGGCCUGCUCACUGCCUGGUGGCCUGGCCAGCGUAAAGAGACAGUUUGAGAACCAGGAGUUUGCCUCCUCCUCCUCCCAGAGCUCCGUCACCCAGUUUCAUAUCCAGCAGAGAUCCGUCCAGGAGGUGUCCAGCUCUUCAGAGGUGACAGUGAGAAGCAGUGCCAGGGAGGUCGUCCCCGCCGCAACCCUUUUUCAUGAUCAACAACAGGUGACCCACGAUCAAAGUGUCCAGCAUAACAAUGUGGCCACGAGUUACGGGAACCAUUUCAGUGAAACAGUUACGCUCGUCGGAGGAGAGGACCUACCAAAGGUUUCCACUCAGGCUUUGAAGCAGCAGUAUGAAAAAACUAUUGAGGAGGCUACACCAACCAAGCAAAUUAAGGUUGAUGUGGAUUUCAACCAGUUUCAAUGGGCACCAGUUACCCAGUCCUCCAAAGGUUCAGCCUUGAUUAACUAUGACACAUCCUCCACAGUAAAGACUGCCAGUGCCUCUUCAUCAGCCACUGCCUCCUCAGUGGCUUAUGAGACGACAGAUCAUUUUCCUCCCCCACCCACAGAUCUGCUGCAGGUGCCACAGGAAGCACCUCAGUACUGUGUCUCUCCCCAGCCGCAUAACCCAGUUUCCCAGCACAAGACGUACAUUGUCAACAAGGAAGAAUACUUUAAGCAGAGGAGCAAGGCUGAGCUGAAGCGCCUCUACAAGCACAUCCACCCAGAGGUCCGCAAAAACCUUGAAGAUGACUUCCAAAGCCAGCUCAGUGAGGUGGAAAAGGCUGAACUGGACGAUGAGGAAAUACUGGGUGGCGAAGUCCAGCAGGCGUGCUAUGCUAUUGAACAUGAUGACGGCAGUCCAAGGAGUAUGAGCCCUGAUAGAGAGUACCUGGAGUGGGAGGAAAUCCUUAAAGGGGAGGUGCAGUCCAUGCGCUGGAUGUUUGAAAACAAACCACUAGAUACUAUCAAAGAUGACACUCCGGAUGAGAAUGAAGUGAGGAACAUUGCCCAGCAGGAAAUCAUUGCAGGCAAAGACGUCAGAUACACAGCAUGGAUGUUUGAGACUCAGCCCAUGGAUGCUCUGGGGACAGAGACUCAUGAUUCCAUUGAGGAGUCAGAAAAAUCAACAGAACUUGCGAGGGGUGAUGUCCGCACUGCUACUUGGCUUUUUGAGACGCAGCCACUUGAUUACCUGAAUAAGAUCUACCAAGAAGAUGAGCAGGCCCUGGAUGUUGUUGUCACAAAAGACAUCACCGGAGGAGAUGUGAAAACUGCCAGGUAUCUCUUUGAAACCCAGCAUCUGGAUUCCCUCGGUAAGACAGAGACCAUUGAAGAGAGUCACUUCCUGAACCUGAAGUCUGAGCUAGAGGAGAUCAAAGGGGAGGUAAAAACAACCACUCGCAUGUUUGAGACCCAGCCCAUGUGUGUCAUCAGGGGAGAUUCAGGGGAGAUGCUGGAGAUCACCAAAAUCCGCAGGGAGGAGACAGAGAAAGGAGACGUGAAGACAUCCCGCUGGAUGUUUGAAACCCAGCCUCUCGAUAUGAUCAACAAAGACCCUGCUCAGGUGAAGCUGAUCUGUGGUGUUUCCAUGGAGGACAAUAUUCAAGGGGGUGUGAACAAAGGUAGAUGGCUUUUUGAGACAAAGACCUUGGACACCAUUAAGGAUGAGGAAUGGGAGAUUUCCAGGAUGCAAAAGGAAGAAAUAAUUGGAGCUGAUGUGAGGAGGCAUUGUCUUGUGUUUGAGACUCAGCCUAUGGAUUCUCUGAAAGACAAUGCCAAUGCCAGACCCCUAGCCACAGAGGAGAUUGUCGGAGGCGAUGUUCAGUCUGCAAAAUAUCUGUUUGAAACCGUACCCAUGGAAAACCUGAAGGAUCUGCCCGAAGUAGGCAAACUUCAAAAAAUGGUUGCAUCUGAGGAAGAAAAGGGUGAUGUGAGACAUCAAAAGUGGGUUUUUGAAAGCCAACCACUUGAAAAUAUAAGGGAAGAGAAGAAGGAGAUCACACGGACUGUAAAUAUAGAGGCUCUUGAUAAAGGAGAUGUAACAAAUUAUAAGGAAAGGUUUGAAAGCAUGGAUUUAGGUAAAUGUGAAGGAACACAGAAAAUACAAGUUGAGGGGGUUACAAGUGGAUCUGUCAAAUCCAACAAAGUUCUUUUUGAAUCCACCCCAAUGUAUGCCAUGCAAGACAGUUCUGGCCAUUACCAUGAGGUGAAAACUGUGAGGCGUGAGGAGAUUGUGAAGGGAGAUGUGCGGAGCUGCAGAUGGAUGUUUGAAACACGACCUAUUGAUGAGUUUGAUGAGAGCAUUAAUAAAUUUCAGAUAAUAAAAGGCAUAUCAAAACAAGAAAUUGAAUCGGGGGAUGUCAAAACUGCCAAGUGGUUAUUUGAAACUCAACCACUUGAUGCCAUCAAGUUUUUCAGCAGUGUUGAAGAUGAAGAGCAAAGAACUAAAGAGGGUAUUGAAAUUGAGAGAGGAGAUGUGAAAACCUGUAGGUGGCUAUUUGAGACUCAACCAAUGGAUGUCCUGUAUGAAAAGGUAGAGAGGAAUGAGACUGAUGUAGAGGAAGUCCAAAAGGGGGAUGUCAAAACGUGCACAUGGCUCUUUGAGACACAGACACUUGAUAACAUACGUGACCAUACAGAUUCAGAGUCCGAGACCAUUCUUAAAACCUGCACUGUAAAGCAAGAGGACAUCCAUGGAAAAGAUGUGCGUCUGGCCCGCUUCCUCUUUGAAACUGAGAAUCUUGAAAACAUCACUGGUGAGGACACUGGUUCCUUCAGGAGGGUUACAGAAAUUGACAUCCAGUCCGGCGAUGUUUCAAGAAUGAAGUUCAUCUUUGAGAAUCGGUCCUCAGACAUUAUGAGCUCUACCUCUGAGGAAACAAUGCAGAGGUUAAAGACACAACAGGCCGAGGACAUACAGAGAGGAAACGUGGUCAACUGUACCUGGAUGUUUGAGAAUCAGCCGAUAGAUGCCAUUCACGAUGAGUCCAAAGAAACUAAGGAAACGCGCACUGUGACUGAUGUGCAGGGUGGCAAUGUUGAUAAAGGACGCUUCAUUUUUGAGACUUAUUCCCUAGAUCAAAUUCAAGAGGAGUCAACCGAGACUGAUAUUUCCAAACUUACUAGUAUCAUUAGAGACGAGAUAGAAAAGGGAGAUGUGAAAAACUACACCAUGAUGUUUGAAAAUCAGCCACUGUAUGCCAUACGUGACAAAGAGGGCCACUACCAUGAAGUAACGACAGUUACCAAGGAAGAAAUCAUGAGAGGAGAUGUAAUAGGAGCAAGGUGGCUAUUUGAGACUAAACCUCUGGACUCAAUCAGAGAUUCAGAGGAGGUCUAUGUUAUUAAAGCCGUGACUGAAGAAGGUAUCAACAAAGGAGAUGUUAACUUGGCCAGAUGGAAGUUUGAGACUCAGCCGUUAGAUGAAAUUGCAGAAGACAUAAAAGUGAGGUCUAAAACAGUGGCAGACAUCCAAGGAGGUGACGUGAAGACAAACAAACAACGUUUUGAGACUGAUGACAUGUCACAAAAGUAUGUCAGAACUGUUAGUGUGAGCGAGAUCCAAAAAGGGGAUGUUAGGUCUGCCACAUGGAUGUUUGAAACACGCACAAUUGAUAAGAUCCAUGGUGAUGGUACUGAAUAUGAUGAGAUGGAGACGGUGACAAAAGAGGAAGUGAUGAAAGGCGAUGUCAAACAGUCUGUGUGGCUCUUUGAGAAGCAGCCCCUUGACAGGAUCAAAGAGACUGAUGACACAGAGCCUGUUGUCACAAAGGAGGAUAUCCCCCAGGCUGAUGUGAAGACAACAACAUGGCUGUUCGAAACCACUCCCUUCCACGAAUUUAAUGAGAGCAAUGUUGAAAAGACAGAAAUAAUGGGUAAAAGCAUUAAAGAGACACUUGAGGAGCUUUACUGUCAGAAAAUGGUUGACUCGCAAGGUAUUCUCAUUGAAGCGGAUGAGAUCGGCGACGUCCGCAUGGCCAAAUAUAAACUGAUGAAUCAAGAGGCUCCAGAAAUCCAAAAGGAAGAGGUUAUCAGAGGGGAUCUGAAUAACAUUAUGAUGAAUCUCCUGAACCGCAGAGAGACCACAGAGAGGGGGAUAACUAUUGACCAGGAGGAGAGGGGCAACAUCAACACCACAGUGAGGCAACUGUUCAACCAGGAAAGGGGAAUCAAUGUUGAGAAAGAGGAAAUCAUCCGGGGUGACAUUCAAGAGGCCAUAAACAAUCUGCUGAAGAAUGAGGGCUCCUCAAAGCGUGGCAUUCUGAUUCAAGAGGAUGAAAAAGGAGAUGUGAGAAUGACUAUCUAUUCUCUGUUAAAUAAAGGGGAGAGAGCCAGCAUAGAGAAGGAGGAUAUAAUUCAAGGCAAUGUCAGCAGAACCCUUCAUCGACUUCUGUCCAACCCAGAUGCAGAGGACUCUAAGAAGAUAAGGGUGGGAGACACAGAGAGAGGUAAUGUCAGCUUUUACUCUACGUGCAUUGAGUCUGGAGCUUUGGAUUACCUGAAACAGCUUCAGUAUGAAUCUGAUGAGGCCCCAGAAAAGGUUGAGAAAGAGCGUAUAAUAGGUGGUGACAUUGAAGAGACAAAGCUCAUACUGAGAAGGAAUCAGCAGCAGAUAGGUCGCACAGUGGCAGAGGAUGAUAUAGUCCCUGGUGAUGUGCACAGCACUGUUAAGGUGUUCAUGACUGAGCCUGCUGUUACCUACAGAAACCUAGAGAAAAAAGAUAUUGUUAAAGGUGACCUCAGGGGAGCCCUGGAUUCACUGACCCAAGCCAUCAAUCAGAGGGUGGUAAUCGAGAAAGAGGAAGUAGUAAAAGGAGACAUACCCUCUACUUUGAGGUCCCUGGAGGAGGCCCAACAUCAAGCCAAAGAAAUGGAAAAGCCAGAAAUUGUCAGGGGAGACAUCAGAGGUGCUCUGGAGUCACUUGAGAAAUCUGCAACUGCAAAAACUGAAACAACUGUUGAAGACUUGGUGCCAGGUGAUAUCAAAGGGACCCUGAGGUCCCUGGAGGAGGCAAAACAAACUGUGAAAGAGGUAGAAAAAGAGGAGAUUGUCAAAGGAGACAUUUACACCGCCAUGCAGAGUUUACAUGAGGCAUCAAGUGAGAAAAAGAUUUACCAACAUCAAGUGAGUGAACAAGGGGAUGUUAAAGGCACCAUCCAGCUCCUGCUGGAGCCUUCCACCUCUCCAAGAAUUCAGCGCAGAGGAAGCAUUGAAGGAGAUGUGAAAACAUCCAUAAAAUCCCUCUAUGACGGGCAGGAUACAACACAGGUUGAAAAAGAGGAGGUAAUAAAGGGUGAUGUUCAAGGGACUAUAAAGUGUCUCAUGCAAAAGAAACAAUAUUCAAAUCCAAAACGUAUGUAUUCAUCAAAGAAAGCAAAAGUGCCUGCAAAAAAUCCAUUAAGUGCAAAGCAAGUGGAGCAUGACUGCUUACAUGUGGAUAAGAGUGAGAGUGUAGCAGUCAAUCCAGCCCCCGCUGUGAAAAACCUCUCUCAGAGCGGUGAGUCACAGAAGCACAUACAGACACACACUGAAAGAAAAUCAGUGAAAACUAAUGCCAUAACCCAAGAGGACCACUCUCAUACUGUAGCCAAAACAGACAAUACCUCUGAGGCCUCCCAACAGAUAAACAUUAAAGAACAAAGUGUGAAACAGAAAAUGCCGUCCCAACAGAAAACACCAGCUCCUAAGCCUAUUACAAUAAAGAAUAAACAAAUGACUAAUAAUGAGCAGACAGAGACAAAAGCAGCUGUUGACAUGAAUGUGAUGAAAGAGGUUCAGAAAACAUCACAGACAACUGCUGCAGCCAAGCAAACGUGUGAAACAAAGACAAUCAAACAGGUGCAGACUACAGUGACGGAGCACAAGACUGUCAUGCACAAGCAAAAUGUAACGGUGUCACAGCACAUGUCUGCCUCGCAAAAACAAAAUGCUACAACAGAGAAUAAGGCUCUGACACAAAAGCAGAGCGUCAAAAAUAUGAAGAGUGAUUACCGUAACCUUGACAUGAAAGGAAAAGCAAUGAUCAAAAAGGGGAAGCCAGAGAUUCAUUUCCCGCCUCCUCCUUCUUCCCCACCUCCACCUUCAGAGUCUGAGCUCUCCCUUCCUCCACCACCAUCACCAGUGGUGGACAGUCCAGCAUCAACCAUAUCCCGCCCCUCUAUCAUGAGGCAAGACAGUGACCUCCCACCCCCUCCUCCACCACCUCCUAUGGAAAGUAUGAAAUCGGAGCCAGAAUUUUUCCCUCCUCCCCCUCCUCCACCACCACCCUCUGUGGCUGGACAAGAUUUCCUUCCUCCACCUCCCUCGCAGCAAGAGCUUAAUGCUAUGCCUCAGCCUCCCCCUGUUAAGCCAGGGAAACCAAUUGGGAGGCCCUUAUUCAAAGUCCCCAAGCCACCAGAGCCACCCAAGCAGCCAAUACAAGCUAAACCCAAAUGGCAGAAAAAGCAGCCAACCCCACCACCUCCACCUCCUCUCCCUCCUGGCCAAGAAACAGUCGCGUCAUCAAAUCUUAAGGAGGAAGCUACGGCCCAGGAGGAGAAAAAAGAGGUGACUAAACACGCUGAAACAAGCAAGCAGAUUAAGUCUGAAUCAACAGCAGCGUUAAAACCAAAAAUACCUACAAGCGCCCCAGCUGUAAAACCAACACAAGAGGAUACCCCACAGCCACCUAAAAAAGUGUUUGUACCUCCCAUUAAGUUGCCCGCAACCCCUGAACCCACUCCGGCACCAAAGUCUAAACCAUAUGCCCGCAAAUUCAAAACCCCUCUCAUGCUUGCAGAGGAAAGAUACCGCCAACAAAAAAUGGAGAAAGACGAAAUUGAGAGAAGUAGAGUUACCACUCCCACAUCUCCCCCAGCUAAUAUACAAGUACAAGCACCGUCCCCUGUUGCCUGUGGCGAGCUUUCCACAGCUCAGAAAACUGAGAAAGAAGUGACAGUGGAAACAACAAAAGGAAAGGCUGAAGAAGGUAAGGCCACUUCCAAAGAUGAAAUACCAGCUCAAGAGACAUCUGCCAAGAAAACCCCCUCCCACAUCCCUUUGAGCAAGCCUUUGAUUGCCGUGGUAAAUAAGAAAUCAGCCCCUGGAUCUCCAAAUAUUUCCUCAGAUAAAAAGCACAUUGCCAGUGAGCAUCCUUUGGUCUCCUCAGAAAAAACACCUGCCUCAUCUGAUGUCAUUAAAAAGACUAAAAUUGCAUCCUCAGCCAAGCAUCAGACUGUUUCUGUCUCGGCUGCUCAGUCUCAUCAUGAGAGCUCCGACAUUAAAGUCCAGUCAUGUUCUAACGUGGUCACUUCCUCAGUCACAGAGCAGCAGCAGUUCAUUAAGAAAUCUAGCACCAAAUGUGUCGCUUCCACACAGAGCGCUGUCCAGGAAAAUGUAAAUCUUCCAACCCAGUCUGCGGUCACACUGAAAGCUGAAGAUGUAAAGAAUAUUAAUGUGCCACUGACACAGGAGGGGAAAACGGCUCCCGCUCAACCUACUAAAAUUCCAAAGGUAACUCCGAGUUUCAAGGUGAAAACCUUUAAGAUGCCAACAGAGAUGAAAGAGGAGAAAUGUGACACUGUGGGACAAAAAGAAACAAUGAAAAGUGAAUUGCAUUUACAGCAAGGCAGUGAUGAUAUUUCUCAAAAGAGUGGGACAAAUGUGAUUCAGGAAAGCAGCCAGGUGAUGUCAGCAAGAAAUGAGGUAAAAACUGAAAUGAGAGUCAAAGAAAAGAAACAACAGGUGAUCCCCCCUGUGGAGGUUCAACUGAAAAAGGGAAAACAGGUGUCAAACAGAGAGAAUGAAGUAAAGCAAUCCCAAUCAAUUAAUGUCUCUGUGCCUAAAGAGGCUAAGAUAAUGUCUGCACUUUCUCCUCAAGGACUGGACCACCUAUCUGCUUCCCACACUCAACAGAGCAUGAAAGCAGAACAGAGUCACAAGGAGAUAGUUGUGGCUGAGAAUGUGGUUCAGCAAAACUUUCAGAGGCAGGAAGCUGUUCACACACAAAAACAGCAGAUAAAAAUUUCACAGCAGCAGCAGCAAAGAGCACAAAUAAAUAAAAUGCCAGUUAUGGCUGGGAAAUCAAAAGGUGUGCCUCAGGAUGUGUUGGUGAAAGGGACUACUAAAAUGGUCCAUACAGAUGAAGUUCAAUGUUCUGAAGAGAGCAUGGACUCAGAGAAAUGUAAAUUACUGCAGAAACUACUCACUCAAAUAAAAGAGCUUCAGGGUACAUCAAGCAAAAUAGAUUCUAAUGCUGUCAGGAUGAUUAUAAGUGAGGUCCCUGACUGGAUGAUGGGCUUGGAUGAGAAAAAGAAUUUAAGUGAAAUUGCUCUUCAACGGAGUAAGAAAAAGCUCAAAGAGAUGGUUGUCUACCUGAGAAAUAUUGUUGAAGUAAAGGUCACAGUUUUGGAAGAAAACUUGGCAGCUGUGGAAAAGCAAGUCAAAGAGGCACCACCAGCGCCGCCCCCAGUGCCUCCAAAACCUGACAAGAAGGUUGUCAGUGGAGCAACUGCAAAGAUUUCUAAAAUUAGCAUUGGCUCAUCCAAAGUGGAGACACAAAAGAAGGUGGUUGAGGAGAAAAAGUCAUCUCAUGAAAGCAAAAUGCAUCAGAACCUGAGUGAGGUGGCUAAUACUGAUCAGAGGGUUUCCUCCCCGUUAACAAGUAUCCGCACUCCGUCACCCACUUUCAUUACUAUUGAAUCAGUGAGAAGGACAGAUUCACCACUCAGAGUGACCCCUUCUCCUCCACCAUACAAAGCUGCAGGGACACCACCACCCCCUCCUCGCAAGUCAUACACGCCCACAUCACACUUCAGCAGGGCCACACCCUCUCCCACCCUGAGCCGUUCAGAGAAGUUGAUGAAGUUGAAGGACACAACCAGUAAACUCUCCCGGGGCAUGACCCCUCCGCCUCCCGUGCCGGCACCAGGGUUUUCUGUGGCUGAAAGAGAGGAAUCAUCUCCACUUGGAGACACAGAGACUCACGAAGAGACCCUUGAACAGGGGCUAGUAGAUGUGACAGAAAUGGUGGACUCCAUGAUGACUGUCAAGGACAAAAAGUCUUUCUUUGAAGAGGCCCAGAGGGCUGAAGUCAACAGGACUUACAUUCGGAAGGAUCCCAUCGACAUCCCAGAACGCCUGGGUGCUGAUAAUGAAGAGGUCACCGAGACUGUGACUAUAGAACUUCUGAAAGAGGAUCUCCCAAGGGUUGACCUCUCAAAGCUGGUCAAUAGGUUUGAGUCCCCACAACCAAAGGUUUACACCAGAAAAGAGCCCAUUGUCAUUGCAGAGAGGCUGGGGAGUGACACAGAGGAUGCGGAGGCAGAGCCGAAAACACCAAAGAGUGAAGAAAUUCCUACAUUCAAUGUCAAAGCGAUAAAGGAUGUGUUUGAGACAGGAGAGCACAGUUCUCAGGCAGCCAGAGAGCUAAGAGAACAAAUAGAAAGAAGAGAAUUUGAAUCAGCCAAUUUGGAACCGGUGGGGCACUCAGAAACAACAUCAAUCACUGAGCAAUUCUCCAGCAUUGAUGACUAUGGAAACGUGACAAGCGAGAUGAGGAAUGAGAAAACCACGCACUCGGAGAGCUCCAUGACCCGCGGUAACCCCCCGUCCUACGCUGACGUGGUGAGGGGGAAAGUUCCAACAGUAGCCGUUCCCCCCGAGGCCUCGACCGAGGAGCUGCUGAGGAGCUUCCAGCAGUCGUGGGCCGAGAGCCAAGGAGUUUUCCAGAACUUGGGUUUCAGUGUCACUGAGCAGAGGACUUCGCAGUUUGUGACACAUCAGCAGGAGACUGUUGUGACGGAAAACACGAGUUCCAGAGUCCGAACUGUGCACGGUGUGUCGGAAGAGGGUGUACCCCAUGGAAUCGCUGAUCGCGGACAAACAAAACUUCCAUAAAAGCUGCUUCCGUUGUGCACAUUGCAGUGGCAAACUAAGCCUUGGAAACUAUGCCUCUCUCCAUGGACGAAUGUACUGCAAGCCACAUUACAAACAACUAUUCAAGUCCAAAGGAAAUUAUGAUGAGGGAUUUGGAGAGAAACCACACAAAGAACUAUGGAAUGCUAAGAACCAGCAGA